CUUGAAUUACGUAUCCUCCACAGUUGAAACUACCAAUCGACACACGUUAACACACGGUGGUUCUCUCCGCUUUUGCUUCUAUUAAAGGAGGUAACUUCCUCAUCAGAAAAAAAUCAAUCAAACAGUUUACAAAAAUUAAAUUCAAAAAGAAAAGAAAAAACAAUCUCUGAAAAUGGCGAAUCGAUCUAGGGUUAUCACCAUGUCUCCUCUCGUCCUCAACAACCACGAAGACGAUCUCGAUCUCUGGGAAGUUGUUAACCUCUCCGACGGCGAAUUCUCCGACGAUUCCUUCUCCAUCGAUAGUCUCUCCGACGAUGACGUCAUUUCCCUCGACGACGCUUCCUUCCUCAUCUCUCCACCGCCUCAGACUCUCCCCGUCACUGACGACGCUGAACUCCCCGCGAAUCUUGAUCUCGCCGGCGAUGACGAUGUCGCUCGCGAGCAAGUUGAUGAUAAGCACCUACGGUGGGCGCAGCGGCGGAUGGUGCUUCUCCGCGGCGGUUCUUCGACGUAUUCGUUUGGUAUCACGCUCGGAGAUUACGCUAAUCGCGGCGGUUGUUGUGACGACGGAGACGACGAUCGUGGUGUUGAUGACGAAGAAUACGACGAUUCGUAUGAUCUGGACGAUGAGCUUGUGCCGCGUAGCGUGUGUAAGAAGCUUGGGAGGCAGAGGAUGAGGAAGCUUGGGAAAAGAGCGAUCGCGAAGGUUUUGACGUCGAAGACGUCUCCUUAUGCUCACUUGAAGCCUGGUUCGAUUCGCGGUAAGCAUGGUGGUCUCGGCCUCAAGUUCAAGUGCUGAUCGUGUUGGUGGAUUCCAAGUUUCGUUUCGUUCUCGAUGCUUUCUUUUUAAUAAUCAAGAAUGAUAGUCCUAGUGAUGGAUGGUUUAGUAUGGUUUCGGUUUAGAUUUCAUCAGUUGAUGUGUAAAUGGUAGUUCAAUUGCUUUCUCCUUUGAUUCUAAGUAAGUCGGGUUCCUCUGAAAAUUUCAUUGUACAUGUGAAUCACAUCUAUUAUCAGAGGUUGGAUCUUUAACUAAUGAUGAUUAACAGAUCAAAUCAUAUAAUUGAGGAAGAUAUCUAACUUUUGAGCAGUGACUCAAAGCAAAAAGGUUUUAUGUAUGGUUGUGGUUAAUCUGGUUAUCUUCGUGAGAUUGUUAAACUUGUGAAGGUUGCUUGCUUGAAGAGUCAUUCUCGUAGGAUAUACGCAUCACUCUGAGUCUCAACAUGUGGUGGGUGGUUGAGGUUUGUAGAUAACAACUUUAUGUUUGAGUAAUAAAUGUCUUAAAAAGGAUCCUGUAUCUCACGUUAGAAGUGUUGCAAUGUGAGCCUGAACGUUGCUUGUUUGAUUAGAUGAAAACAUACUGACAAUCAUAUUGUAAGAACUUGUAACCAAUAAAUCUGAUUUCUCUGAAAAUAUAUCUCAAAAUUUGGGAUAUCUGGCUGGAAUUAAA